GUCACAUGUAACAGAUGGUGACUUUUUUCUCUUUCUAUGCCAGUAGUAGAUAGUGCGGACUGAUAUACCAUUGGCUACGCAUCAACAUGUCGCAUUACUAAGCAGCAAGAACAACAUGGAUGACGGAAUCGAUUGGCUCAUCUACACAUACGCGAAUACUACACUCAUGAAAACUGUUGAGUGUGCCGCUCCAGCUUUCAAUUUGAAGUAGGAGGUGACGGAUUGUCAAUGGCGAAGAUGCGGGAGGACCGAGAUAUGGAGGACCAGCGUGAGGAUCGGGAUUUGGAGAUGGAGGAAGCCUCACCACUUCUAUCCGUUAUGGGUAACGAUCUGCAAAGAAUGCUAAUUGAGCAAGCCACUACAUAUAGAGGACCCCUGCAUAAGUAUACAUAUGCAUAGAGGACAUGCAUUGAUUUGCCUUUUUUUCCCUGUUUUUUAGAGUCAACAUCAGAAGGGGAACAACAUUAAAUGCCAUAUCCAUCAAUUAUAGAUGAUUCAAGGCGGCCCGGUACGCCCCCCCUGUGGUAUGGUCUGUGGUGGCGCGCGCGCGCGCUUUUCCGCGGAUUCUAGUGGUGGAAGGCGUCAAAACUUGGAGCGGGCCCCCCCUUGGGCCUCUCAGCGUGUUCCGAAGGGGCCGCCUGGCCUCUGCUGACCCUCGCAGGCGGGAGGUCUCCGGGGUAAAAGGCUGCCGAAGGCGGCCACGGUGACAAGCGCAAGCAAUCCGAUGACCAAGGGCCCCCGUAGGGUACAGGCGGCACGGCUCAGGGGGUCCAGCCCCUCGCCUUUUGCCGCCUUCGGAGGCCUUCCGCUGCCGGCGCACUGCUGCGGCGGGGAAGCCUAACGGAUGCACUUAGGGCACAGGGAGGCAUGUGGACGGGGGCGCAGGCGGUCCCGUGGGCCCCUUUUGAAGCCUCCCACCAUCAUCGGAGGCUCCUAGGGAACAGCCAGGCAGCUGGAAGGGAACGGGGGGGGAGGUCACUGGGCCCCCUUUUGAGGCCUUCCACCCCUGGCAGACGCCUGAAAAAGGGGGCCGCCGCCCCGCGCCCUGGAACAUAUAUCCAUGUCUGUUGAUAUUUUUUUUUCUAGUUAGGCUGGCUUCACCACAAACACAUGUCGGUUGAUAGGACCACUUUCAUCUUGUACGUAGCCAUCAAUAGGACCCCCAAUUAACAUGUACGUAGUAUCAGGAUCGAUUACAGCUCUAACUCACAGCGUGACCGAUCGAUCGAAAAAGCACGCGAUGCACUUCGGAAGAGAGCGGCUCUUGCAAAAGUUAUGACUUUUAUUUGUGAAAAAAGUCAUGUCUAUGUUGUACAGGAAAGGACAAUCAUCGGUCUAGAACUUCACUGAGUGGCCUUCUAAGCAGACAGAAAUAGCUACAUCACAAGAGGCGCCAUGGCUGACAUAUCUUUGUAUCAGACCAGUUGCCGGCUACGCAUACAAUUUUUGCAUGAAGAAGCGUAAAUUGCUAUUCCGCGGCUCGUAACUUUCCUUUCCAGAAGCACGACCAGAGAAAGACAUGCUCGAUUUUUACAGAGACAAAACUAAAAUAGAUCAAGAUUUCUUUAGAAGAUGUUACAAUUUUCUAAGCAUGCCGAGAGCAGCUGGUGGACUCGUCCGUGGAGAAAAAUCUUCGAAGAAGGAUCGAGUGUAUUUUACCGAAGGACUGGGGCUCUCUGCGGCCUCACAGUUCUCGUGUUUUUAUGGCUGGCUACACUGCAAUUUGCUACAAAAAUGAUUAGAAAAGAAUCCAAGUUCUCUAAAGGGUUCUCUAAAUAAAUAUCUUCUACUAGACGUUGCAGUAUGCUUUACUAAAAGUUCAACUUAUUAAGUAAUACAAUUUGAAAGAUUGAUGUGUAGAGUCAAAAUUAUCAGAUUAUGGUGCAUUAUAAAAGAUGUUGUGAAAGAUUAAGAUCAACUAAGAUUGUCAAGAUAGAUUAGUAGAUGAUAAAUCCCUCUCUAAGUACUUAAUUGUUUUAGUGAUAUGCUUUACAAGAUGACAUAUCUUCUUCUAAUUGUUGCCGUAAUAUGUUUUUCCGCGAUGUACAGUCAGUCCAGUGCGCCGUUUGCCGCAGGCGCAGGAGAGGAGCCAUUGAGGCGCAUGUUGGCGUGGUGGGGCAACGAAGGUGCAGUUAAGGCUCUCCCUAAUCGUCCAUGUCUUCUUCGAUAGGUGGGAGGAUCCAAGAACUAGUAAUAUUAGUGUCUGCAUCUUCAACUAUUGAUUAGCAGUACAAUAUUAUAUUGUACUGCUAAUCUAUAGUUGAUAUAUUGUCAAUGUAGGGAAGAGUCCUCAAGUGCCUCUAUGCACCCAAAUACAUCAAGGGAGACGCUGAGGCAUAUUUCUCAUCUUGAGGGAUCUUUUCUCGACAGGGAUGUUGAACUAGGGACCGGUCUAAUGCAGUGGCGUCUCUCGUCGAGGUGUGUAGGGAAAGUUCCUGCGGUUCUUCGGAUGCCAGUACGGGCGCACCAACUGCCAGGGCGGCCGCUGCCAGUACUACGGGCGCAGGAGGAGGAAGUGGUAUAAUGAUUCAGGAUAUAAUGAUAUUUUUAAUGCGACAAAAUUCGUAGGCAGACAGCUGAAUAGAUUCCUCGCAUCUUCAAAGAGACAAAAUACAAAUUCAAUAUGCCUACAACUCAUGACGCAUUCUCAUGAUAGACAGUAAAAAAUUUUCGAAAUAAUAUGGAUUUUUAUGUGACCUCAGAGUCACUGUGUGGCCUCAGAGUAGGUUCGUGAAUUCAACAUCAGAAACCAGCUAGAAUUCUCGAAUUCAAACAGGAUCUAGUUCCAACGUACUCGGCAGCAGUACUCAAGCGCGAAGUACUCAAAAGGCGCCUGCUAACCCACCAACUGUUGUUACUGGUCAAGCAGAAGCACCAGCUGCUAGCGAAACUCCAUUACGGCUACGCUUUUAUCAUCCUACGUGGAGUUGACAUAAGUGCUGAUUACCGGAGCCUUUUGGAAGUCUCCAUCCCAUGGAUUUAGAUUCGAUUUCGAAAUUUUUCGUCCCUUUGCUUACCUUCGGGUAGACGUGAGACUUACCGGUUAGGACCUACCUCACCCGAUUGUGUAGGACCUACAAUGCGACUGAUCCUAUGAUGAUGAAAUGACUUUACGAAGCUGCCCGCUUAGUUACUUGCUCACACACUUAUGUGCUCACUCAAUUUAUUACUUGGUCAUACGCCACUUUCCUGCUCACAUAAGUACUACUUUCCUGCUCUCGAUUAUUUACUUGCUCAGAUGCACUUGUUCGAUUAUUUACUUGCAUGCUUAGUUAGAAGUUGUUCUGCUUCUGUCGCUAAAGGAAGCAGUUGUGUCCGAAGCGGAAGCGGAUGCGGUAAGGGCGCACUUGUCAGCAGAUUACGAAUCGUUGGGGCGCGGUUUACGAUCUGUGCGGGAGGGAGCUGCGGACAAGGAGAGUGGUGCCUAUGUUGUACCCAACAAGUGGGUUGUGUGCACUUAGGACUUGUUGCGUGAAGGCAGUGCUGUGAACUUACAUCAGGUAAAAGACUGCCGAUACUAUGUCGGCAGUGUUUCAUGUGUAAGAGAUUGAGACUAUUUUACAUUAGGUAGGAGAGGUACGGGACUACUAGGAGAGCUAAUAUUUUCUGUAUAUUCAUAUGCUUGAAAUUCAUAUCAAGAUGAGCGUCUUUUACGCGUUCUAAAAUACCGGAGCUGUUUGUAAGGUUGAGACGUCGCCUUUCAGUCAGUUUACCUCGGACGCGGACAAGAAAGAAAAAGAAACACCCAUUAAGGAGGGAAUACUGCCAACCACAUUAUUUUUUGAGAAGAGGUACCGAAAACAAUAAAGGAAAAAGUCAGCCCUUGUGGUCUGAGUCUUCGUCUAAUUUCAACCCCACGGGCUUAGCAGUUUCUCUAAGUCGUAUCUCUUCUGGUGAAGAUAGAAGUGUAUGAUCUUUUUCUUGCGUAUUAUGUAUAAGAUCUAGAUCACUUAUUUGGCGAUGGUCCCUUGUUCUAUUACACCCAUCGUCGACCAUUUGUCUUGCGUCUCCUCUUGAGUCAUGAAUUAUCAUUACCAGCAAGAGUCUAAAUCUUUUAGCGUUCUAAUGACUCGGCUUUGGAGAGUAACGACGCGGAGCAAUACAUAAGCCUGGACGAGCUGAGCGCGAAUCCGAAGUCCUUUGUUACGGUUAGACACUCACUAUCUGGCGUAAGUAAAGAAGAUUGCGUACUAUCGCCAUCACGUUAAAAGAGGGGGACGCACCGAAGAAGAUGAUGCAACCGGCACCGCCGUGCGGAGUCUCGUGCUUUGAUUUCUAUAAAAAUAGGGUUGGAAGUUUCUCUAUCCGCCCUUGGUCGUACUGUUAAAAAGGAAAGAAACCAAUCAAAAUCACAACUCAGCCACAGAUAGUGAGGCUCUAGCGUUAUCCUUGGGACCCUGGGAAAACAGCUCCCUGCUAUCGCGAAAGCACACGUGUUUCAUCCGGGCAGGAAAGACCUCCUUCGCUUAUGUUCUGACCGUGUAUCUAUUAGCAUUAUUGUAUUUGUAAUAAGUAUGGGUUUAGAUGAUUCUUUUCAAUUUUUUUGUUUCCUAGAUAGGCGUGCUCCACCGAUAUUAUUGUAUUUGUAAAGUACGUAGUAUUUGAUGUAAAUAACAAUAGUUUCGAUGGUGAGAGGACAUCUACCCUGCUACGCCAUGAGAGGACAUCUACCGCACACACUAAAUACGUGCCGGAUUGUUCUAUCUGAUAUAACCAGAGAGUAUGCAAUUUUAUUUUUACUUAAUCUCUCUUGUACUAUUUCGUGUAGGGAGGUAUUAACUCAUCUAUCAUAAUUUUUUCUAUGACGCCCUUAAGGCAGUCUGCACUGAACUUUGUGCCGGUAUCCACGCGGAAAAUACGCAGGUAGGUUCUGACUUAUCGGAACUCGCUCGCACUACAAAAAAAAAAAGCGAGAAAAUAUGUAGGCAGGUUUUGACUUAUCGGAACUCGCUUGCAAAAUACGCAGGUAGGUUUUGAUUUAUCGGAACUCGCUCACGAUACAAAAAAAAAAAAAGCGAGAUUAAUUGUAUUGUAUUGUAUUGUAUUGUAUUGUAUUGUAACUCUGCUGCACUUUGAUGAAGUACUUAACUCGAGAAUACAGAGUGAGGGGACUUCUUGAGGAUCAAGGACGCCGCUAGUUGAGGACCCUAGCAUCCAAGCAAAUGUAAACAGCGACAUCAGGGUUAUGUUUUUUAUCUCUUCCUCCAUAACAGCCAUCUCUCUAGGAUAUGAGGCAUCUGCGGAAUGCUUCUCAACUUAAUUUAUUAGGUUUAUUCAGCUUUUGGGAUCCCUCCUGGUGGAUAAGAGACUAACUUGAUCCACCCCACAUAUACUCUUAGGACAAAGUAGUUGCUAUUUUCAUCUACUUUCCAACUCCCUUCAUUUACUCGGAUACAAUUGUAAUUUUCAUCUAUAUUCCAUCUUCCCACCGCCCCUUUUCAUUUCCGUUGCAUCCGAUCGUGACGGCAGUAACUGCGGACCCUGCUAAGCGUGUUCAAGACCCAAGAAAGGUUAUGGCUUUUUGAUCCUAAGAGCUUGUAAGUCUACUAAGUACUUACAGUAAAUUUAUUUGGAGCCAUAUUGUAAAAGGAAAACCCAAGAAGUCAGAUGAAGUCGCCAGUUUAUCAUUCCUACUUGGUAUGAACGUAUUUGGCCACUACUAAUACUAUAAGAGGAGCACAUACGAUCUAGGAAGUUCGAGAGUUUUCUGUACAUAAUAUUAUAUGAGCUGACCACAAGUUCUUGCUUUUUCUAUGAUCAACAAGUAUGAUGGCUUGAUGAAAAACAACGGGGAUGAAAACUACACAAAAGACCUUGGCUCAAUCUUUUUGAUGUCAGGGCAUAGCUGCCCAAGAGAUUAUACUCACAUGAUACCAGCAUGCUGAGGGUGUCCUAACUGAUCUUACUAGCAUAAACUCGGACACUGAUCUUACCGGCAUGCUGAGGCUUUAGGUCCCAUCAGCAUGCCCCAACACGCAUGCUGGGGGGGUCCUAACUAUUGACUAUCCAGCACAAGAACUUCGAUAUGCUUAGGAUUCUAGUACUAAAUCUAGCCAGCUAGUUCUAGCUUAUCUAGAGACAACUCCUAGAACUAGCUCAUAUCUAAAGAGGAUGAACUAGCUCAUAUCUAAAGAAUGUAGUCUACUAGCUCUAAAAAGUAUGCAGUGAAGAACGUUGAUAGGAGGUACGCGGCUUUCGAAACUCCAGCUUUUCCUCGCAACUGGGUACCGAUCAGUCCACGCAUCGCAGACUCUGCUUUUUUAUGGUACCAUUGUGGUAGUGUAGUGCGUAGUCUAGCUGACAUACCUGUCGUGGAGUGGGUACACUGACUCACUCAAAUCGCAUCUAGCAGAGCUUCGCAGCUCCCCUUUAAGAAGUACGCUAGGCGAGGAUUGAUACGCCUUUACGUAUCUCGCUUUUAAGUAGCUCUUACCUUAAAGAGAGUGUAGUACGCUACGGAGGCGAGCAUGUGCCCGUGGGGCUCGUUGUGAAGGAUCCACAACCUCACCUAACCUACUACUCAAACAAGGGUCACUAGCGGACGCUUUGAAGUGUACUGCUACUCAAAGGGUCACUGGUGGAGGUAAUGUUCUUCUGGCUAGAUGGGAAAUGAACGUCCGCCACUGUUCAUAUUUUUCCGAGUCUUUCAAGCAACGUGCGAGCUUGACGGCAUCGGCUGAGCAAGUGUUGAAGGAAGAGGGGGCCUUAGCCGACGACGUACGAGACGGUCUCGUGGAAGAGUACAUUAGGUCUCGGGAUUUUGCUAGAGUUCAUGCUACUUACCGAGCAAAUUGGAAGAAGAUGAUAGUAAAAGUUGAUGAUCGAUAGAAGAUUAAGAUAGGUCUACAGUCUAUCAUUGAUCGAUAGAAGAUUAAAAUAGGUCUACAGGAGUCUGUCAUUGAUCGAUAGAAGAUCAAAAUAGGUCUACAGGAGUCUGUCAUUUGAGACGAUGAUGACUAUAAUGUGCGUCUUCUAAUUUGAAAAUGUUCCGGCGUGCUGACGAGGCAAAAGCGGAGGAAGAACAGGCGAAGGACUGGAACGAUAAUAAGCGACUAGCGGUGUGCGAGAUUGGUGACGGUAAUUUUGGACGCGUUUUUGUGCCAAAUGUGAAGGAGAAACUGGGGAAGACGAAGAGUGAACUGAAAAAGGACGAGCAUCUUUUACCAUCCGCAACCAGUUAAGGCUCAUUGUAUGUCAUAUCCACAAGAGGUCAGCUUUCUCUGCAGUUUUCUUCUUGGAAUAGAUAGUGCAGAAAUUAUGAAUUGAAGAAAGGAAGAAUUGCUUAUCGAGCUCUAAGACAGCAGAAUUAGUGCUGCUCUCGACAAUGCCUUCGAUGACGUGGAUGUGCAGGUCGCUGGUUCUUACUGGGUCGACCAGCUGCUCACUGCUCGUCAAAAGUCGCUUGAAGUUAAGGCCACUCACAAGCGCGAAGCAGCUCCAUAAUUAUUCUUAUUCGGCUUGAAUGCUUCGAAGCGACAAGAAGAUCUUGAUUGGUAUUGGCCUAGUCUGCAUUUUUCUUGAGCUCACUCUGGUUUUGUUUACGUCUUCCUUCCCCUGUUUCCUUCUUUCUUAGUUAGGGCAGCCCUACACACAAUUCAGACGAAGUCCAAGAACAACUCUAGCAUUAGGACCGACCUACAGAUCAAGUACUUAGUUGUAGAAGUGUUGGCGUCUACUUCCGGUUCUGCCCUAAUAGAAGUGAAGCUUCAAGAUCAUGAACUUCUACCCACUGGGGUAGUAGCAUUCUAUCUGAAGAGCUAAAGCAUAAGCAGGCGUCAGGGUAUAUAAACGAAAUCAGCUGACUUGUCGCUGUUAUUAACAUCUUCGUGUGCUAUACUUGGUAGCGUCUAAUCGAGGCGCCUCUGCUGGUGAUACAUGUCCACGGGAGCAGCCCGUGUGCGCGAAUUUCGUUAAGGCUAGUUUCGACUUUUGAGGGAAUGGGUAAGUACAUAUAAUAUAUAGAUAUGUAGUAGCAGGAAGGGGAAAAAACAAACAGGCGCCUCACUCAGCCACGGAUAGUUCUCGCAUAGCGCUAAUGUUGACGAGUCGUUUGGUUUUCGAGAGGCUCGGCCGCAGUGGCCAGAAUCAACCCUCCACGGUCUGAAAAGGGUAGACUUGCCUGGUGCAGAAGGUUAAGGGUGGAAGUAGUACCGUCAAGCAUCAAGAACACAAGUUGUACCCCAAGAAUGGGUUUACUACUACUAAUACUACUAGAGUAAUAAUACGCCACUUUUUGCACCACGUGGAUCGUAACGGCAUCUGAUUCUCAUCUACCUAGCGGGUAAUUUCUUUCUGCUAGUGUCUCGGGCAACCGGUAACAAUCUCAGAAUUCGUUCCUACGGUCAUUCAGAAUAAUGACAUCAGGGGCGCACGCCUUAAUAUUUCUUCCAGUGUUUCAGGUCAUCCUCAUCAUCUUGAAUCUUGAUGAAGUUUAGGAAAAGAAGAAAACGUUUCCAAAAAGAUGUCGUGCUACUUCUAAGUGGAGGACUAACAGAGUAAUACUAAUAAAUAUUAAUUUAGAUUGUCCAACCAGACAGCACCAACCAAACACAUGGAAAUACUUCUUAGCACGAAUAACAGCCGAGAGUAAAACUAAAAGGCUUAGCAUGUAAGGCUCGGAAAUAUGUCCCAAAAUAAAGGAAAACAAUCUUCUCGAUACUUUCCUCACCUGUCUAAGAAGGUGGGACAAGCACCACGAAGACGAUCGCUCAGUGUCUCAUAUCGAACGAAUUUACCAACGAGAAAGGCAAGCGCGUCCGUUAUGGUGGUGGCUAUUCUUUUGGUGGUGACUACCGCUCAUGUUUGUAAAUGAGAUACCGACUACUUCAGCUACUGGUAGGUAGUUCAGGAUGACUACUUGUACUCGAGACGUGACGAUGAUGAUGAUUACACAGCAACAAAGAAGACCGGCAAUUAAAAUUAUCGACAGCCAUUAGCUCAACUAUAGAGAACUACGUCCCUCGUGAAGAAGACUAAGUUUUAUUAAGUCUGUCUGCCUCUAUUCAUCCUUCGGGAUUCUUCAAGAAACUGUUUCGUCUCGCCCGUGGUAAAGAGUGACCACCUAAGACAUAUUGAUGAUGAUGGAAGAAGACUCUAAGGCUUUUACUAUGGAUGGACAGGCUGUCAGCGUGUGAUAGCGGUGUUUGAAAUCAAUGACCAUGCUGCCCUCGCUGCAAUGUUUAUGGAUCAUAUGUUUUUCUUAGCUUCUACAGCCCUAGAAUUAGAGGGUGCCAUGACAUGCACAUGCGACAUGGAGGGGGUCUGAGAAGAGAGCAUUUGCUGAUAGAGGUAGAGAAAAGGAAAACCUCUGUAAAACUUUGAGGCAGAGGUGGGAGCUUAUAGUAGAAGAAGCUGGUUACUGGUUAGUGACAGCUUUGUUGGUUAGAGAGCUUUGUUGGAUAGAGCUUUGAAGAAAUAGUGCCCGAUUUUUGAGAUGCCACGAAAACGAUGAUUGAAAAAUCUGAGGGGCUUAGUGUUUUACUGCUAUUAAGCAAUGCGAGUUUUUAGUAGUCCAUCAGAGGCUGCGUUAAUCCGCUGGAGAAUGCAGCUAAACACUGCGGAUGGCGGAUCACAUCCUAAUCCUAAUCCUGAGGGGCUGACUCUAAUGUGCGGGAUUCUACCGAGUUCGACAUGGGUUUUCGUCCACUGAUGCUGGACAUUUUUUAUCCGCGUUUUACCCAUGAGGAUAGCUUCGCUAUUACGAUGACUGAUGGUAUACUCUUACAUUUACGUCAAGCACAGGGUUAGUCGUGAUCCUACAUCAUUCGUACGUUGUUUACUGGUUAAAGCAAGCUCCUGAGUGCUAUGUUAGCUGAUCUUGGUUCUUUCUUCUGACGCCCCUGUGGCACUCUGCACUGAGCUUUUGUGCGAAACUUCUUCUUACUCUAUAUAAGUACAGAGAAAUGCUGACUUUGAAGCAUCCUCGGUAAACCUCGUUACUGCAUUGCACUAUCGCAAUGCUAGGUCCGGACAAGAUCCGCAUCAACAGUGCUCGAGGCAGUUUCCAUUCCUACAUACGGAGGCUGCCCUUUGUGGCGGCGAAUCACCCGGAGACCUAUGUCAGAAAGCAAGCCGACGCGAAGGAACUUGUGCGGAGAUUUGGAGCCGCGAAUCUCCCGCUUAUUCGCCCCGAAGGCGAGAACUAUGCUUAUUUAAGGCUUCCGCUUACUGUACUCCUAGUUUCGCUACUACUACUAGUACUUGUAAUAUUAAUGAUGUUGAGGUGAAGACGUUCGCUUGCGAUCCUCGUUAUAUUUACAAUUGCAUACUCGAAAUAAUUAGGCUUUGGCCCUCGACUGUCUAAUUUUGUUUUCCGCAAGGAACGCAGUGGUUUUGGAGCUCAUCGACGAGCGGCCCCUUGGCUUGGGUGACGUGCUUCCGGAAGAAAUCGAAGGAGGAGGGUCUAUCGAAGAGAUAGAAGAAGCAGGGUUUUUACCAUGCAAACGAGCCGACGGGAGCACCGAGUCCCAAAUCAGUAUACUUAUGGCGUCCCCGCCUAGUCCAUCUCUAUACAUAGGGGUUCCUGAAGCAUAUGCCUGCCAUUACAAGGGAGACGCUGACGCAUAUGCUUGAGAGCUUUCCACAGGGAUGAAGAUGAACUGGGGAGCGGUCUAAUGUACACCCGGUAUUACGCGCGCAUGUUUUCCACCCUGGUACCCCAAAUUAUGGCUUACUUGCCUCCUACAAUCUUCGUAUCUCAUCUGUAAUUGUGGUUCAUUAUUUGACACUGACUGAUAUUAACUCAGCAGCAGUAUGCUUGAUCGUAUGGGGCAUAUAGGCCAGGUUUUCUCGAGGGGACUAGAAACUAUCAAUCGGAAAUGCAUCUUUUCUACUAAAAAAGAGAAGGAGUUCGUGCGUUUCCUAAUAAAGGAGUUGAUCGGCGGGCCACGUGCGCUCUUGAUUGAAAAGGCUCUGCGGUACUAGACCCCAUGGCUCUAUUUGUAUAUCACAUCCAAAUAAAUGUGAAUUUUCACAGACAGAGAAGUACUCGAUUGAAGAUUUUCUUCUUCUCUAGUUAGUAGGGUCUGACUUGGCCACCGGAUUAGAGCUCCACUAAAACUAUAUCAUUCCGAAGUGGAAGAGUUAGCGUCACCGUUCCAAGAUAGGCAAGAUUGUUCUUCUAUUUUUAUUCCGAGUUAUGUAUCGUUAUCGAAUACUGCCCAGAGGCUUCGUGUCGGCCUGGGCGGAGCACCUAAAUGAAUGAAAAGCGUCUAACUUGCGGAUCCGAGAAUCAAUGGCCUUGUCGCCCGUCUUGUUCCCUCGCGACCGAAUGGUAUAGAUACGGAGUUCGUGGACAAUAUCGCCUUUCGCAUCCCGGUUCCCGAUGGUUAAGGCUCUUUUGUUUCAGGACCAUGAUCAAUCUAUGUGAUAGAAUCUAUGUGUCCUGGAUAUUGUUUAGUCUCCAAUAUAGUGUUUGCGCGACUAUGUGAGACUCGUGCUAUGCCGCGCUUUUGUCGGCACCUUGUGUGAAGGCUCAGCAAAGGCGCCCCAUUCCAUCCUAUUGUAUCCUUUCCUAUCCUAUGCUAUCGUAUCCUAUCCUAUCCUAUGCUAUCGUAUCCUAUUCUAUCGUAUCCCAUGCUGUCCUAGUCAGCAAAGGCGCCCCAUUCUAUCCUAAUCUAUCGUAUCCUAUCCUAUCGUAUCCUAUCCUACUCAGCAAAGGCGCCCUAGGUAUCCUAUGUUAUCCUAUCUUAUCCUCCUGUGGACGAGUAUCUUUUCCGAGUGUACGUAGAGCUCCUGUGUUUUAUUAGACGAGUUUUGUAAUCAUGUGCGAGCAUGUUUUUACCUCAGCCAUGACACUGCAGCAUGUUCAGCACUGGGUGAAAGUCAAUCAAACCCCUGGAAGAUAAACCAAAACCUUUUAUCUCUUCCCAAGAAGAAUGAUUCAUGAUAUGUUCCAAAAAUGUGAAGUGGAUCAAUUUGACUAUAGAUGACCAGUCAAGGAAUCACCACGAACGUUGAUAGACAGCAGGAAGUUUACUCAUUAAGCAAUCAAAUUAGGGCCCUUGUGGCAGUCUGCACUGAACUUUGUGCGAGAUAAAUUGUAUUGUAAGACAUCACUCAUCAAGACAACUACCUCUAUCUAAUAUAGAUUCAGAGCCAAGCCGAUUCCGCCCGAAGUGCUGAAAGAGAUUGCAGCAAGGCAAAGCACUGCGAAAGUGACAGAAAUCGUGGACAAUCUGGGCAGCAAUCAUUAAGGGCUGGAAGUUGGCCUCUCUAUGAGCAUCUCUCCGGCUACUUUAAGUAUUCGAAAACUCAAAAUAACCGAGUUACUGACUGAAAUAAGGGAGGUAGCUUAACAUCAAGGCUACCCCUCCUUGUCAUCAGUAUCUCGGUUUUAACAUCAAGGCUACCCCUCCUUGUAAUCAGUAUCUCGUUUAUUCUGAUCAGUUACUCGCUUAUUUCAGUUUUUCGAAUAGGAGGGCCAUAGAUCCAUAGACGAGCUAGAGAGGUCAGCUUGCUACUCCUAAAAUCCGAUACCGUUCUUCGAGCAUUCUAUUCCUGGACAAACUAGCUCAUUCCUUGGCCGGCUUUUUUUACGGCGUCAGGAUUUUUAACAAGAGGAGCAAUGAGUAGGAUGAUAUGAGGUAGCGAGGUAGCUAGAAUGUGAAUGCGUUACUUCGCACUGUGCACAUCGAUAUCCAGGAACAAGCACCCACCACUUUCAGCAUCAUCCUAAUGAGAGUUCCUUUUACAACAGCAUGUCUCCUUGCCGUUUUUCAGUGAACCUCCUUGGCUGGCCAUGUACUUGGAAAUGUCCUUGACCAUUCUCCUCGGGAAACCUAUUUGUACAUUGAACAAAGACGCCUACUACUGGAGACGUAGCAUCUAGGCAUAUCUCUAAAGAGUCAGCCACCACGCACUACAACGACCGACAGCUUCACCGAGCAAGAGGAGGCGCUUCGCAAGAAAGUUUUGGGCGCGUACACUAAAAUCGCGGAGGCGCAGUUUUUUCCGGAGACUGCUUUUUUUAUGACCGAGUCAUUGUCAGUGCUGUAAGUGCUUGAGGCUAGAACCAGCCGAGUCAGUCGUGUAAGUACUCAUUAAGAAGUAAGUGCUAGAAGCGAUAGAUGUCUGCUCUGUUGGAAAAAAAAAUGAACUUUGCAACAUUGACUCGAACACAAGAGGCGAGUCCUCACGCUGGUCCCUCAUAUCCCGGCCCUCCCGCAUCUUCUGCAUUCACAGCCUCCUACCUAACAGUCUUCAUCUUUGCAACCUCCUACCUAACAGCUUAAAUUUCAUCUUUGCAACAUUCAACAGGACACAAGAGGCAAGUAAAGUCUUGCGCUAGAAACGAUAGACCAUCGCCGGCCUACUACAUUGAAGUAUAUCUAUUAAUAUCUACAAGGAAGCUGAGACUGUCACGUGGUUCGUCACGAAUGAGUGAGAGAUCUUCUUGAUCGGAAUGUAGUCAGUCAGACUUUCGACCUCCUACCAGGGACGUCAAUCAAUCACUCAAUCUACCAAUCAGUCGCCUCUACUCUCGUCUAAUAUUUAUGGGGUAAUGAACGCACGCGGACCAAAGCACAGGCCUACGGAAUCGCUGAUGGCGCUGAUUGGUUUCAACCAUGACGUCUACUACAAAAUCUUGGCUCGCCGGGAGUUUGAUUUAUGAAGAUCAAGACUCAUCAUCUCAUAAGAGUUCUAAUAUGUAGUAAAAAUGUGUAAUGUCUCUUGCUGGAGGUGGUAGUUGCGCUGCACUGUUCGUCAUAUAAACUGUAUGAAUUGCAUACCUCACAGCAACAAGGUGGAAAAGGCCACUCCUGAUGUUCGGUUUUACUCGAUGAUAGUACAGCUACAGUUCUAAACUAAGAAAAAGCGAAAAAGAGAAAAGCAUCCACCAGCGUCAAGAACGGAGCCGACGAGGCCACUGAAGUUCAUAAUCCGCCGUGGAUCACGUCCCUGCAGGAGUUCGAUUGGCACACGUUUAACGAGGAGUUGAUGAAGCUUAAGGACUCCAUUUGAUAAUCGUGACGUUUGCGUUUCUUGUAGUUUGUUUAAGAUGAACAGGGCCACUCAUAGCUGAUUGCAGGGAACAGGAAUCAAACAAACAAGCUUUCGCUUUAAGAAAAAGCGUCCGACGGAAGGCGGAGCAUCACCAGCGGGCGGGCAGUUCGCAGAUCUGAGAACACUGGAGUUCGUCUGGGACGGUGAAAAUGCUGCAAUUAUGGCAGGACAAACUCUGCGUGUUAUAUAUUUAUAAGAUUCUUCAGGAGGGCAAGUCCGGCUUGUUGAUAGAUUCAGGAAAAGCCUGCGUGUUGAUACUGCAGGAUGGUAAGACAAACCCUGCUUAGAUUCAGGAGGACUGGGGCAGCACCUUCUUAGUGGUGUAAAUAUAAUGUUGCACAUAUGAUAACCUCUGAGCAGCGCGAGCAAGUGGUUGCGACUCGGCGCAACAAGUUGUACUUGGAUGGCAUUUUGUGGGGUGCGCCUCCCCCUUGUAGUUUUGUUAUCUUCAUUUCCUUGAAAUAGUACAGAAGCAAAAGUUUGAAAACACUCACUCCAUGCCUUGUGACGGUGGGUCUUCUUUUUAAUCGGCUGCCGCAAGGCGAGCAGACGAGGCGGAGGACAAAAUACCGGGAAUUGGUGAAAGACAAAAAGGCGUCGCCGCUACCACGAGCGCAGAGGCUUUUGGACAGUUUCUUUCUGGGAGAAAAGCAAGGAUGGGUGCCUGCCGAGCGGAUUGUGGCGAUUACAUCACACGUAUUAUCACCGACCGUUAAGGGCUACCUCUUUUCCAUCCCUAAAAAUGAAAUCAUCUCUUUUUGUUUUUACUAGCCGGGAACACCAAUUGUAGCAUGUUUAAGCACUGAGUCCUCCGCUUCAAAGCUUAUUUGGUAAUGUGAAACCCUUGUUGUAUUUGUUUUACAUUUAAGAAGGGAGUAUUUUGAAGAAGAAGAUAAAGUAAGGGUCCUGGCUACUAACAAAUAGAUACUAUCGCAUCUCUGAAAAUGGAAUACGCAGGGGUGGCUCUAAGGCUGGCGCUCCUGUCGAGUUUCCCAGUCUGGCCGGCGGCGCGCAGAAAAAGAAGUUUCGGGAUUUGUUGGAAUCUGCUCUUACAACGCUUAUGAAGAAAGUUAAAGUGUAUAGAAAACUACAACAGGAUCAGGAGAGCAAAAAGUAGAACUGGUAAUGGUUUUUUAGCAAAGGUGUAUUAAAAGGAGUAGAUAUGGUUUUUAAAACAGAUACUGGUACAUUUGAGGGAGUAACUACAAUGAUAAACCAGAUCUGUCUCGUUCAUGUAGGUUAACCCUUUAUGUGGUUUUUUUUCCUGUGGUUUUAUUUCUUAUCGUUAUCGGGUCUCUUUCAUAAGCGAGUACAAGACUUUCGAUCCGGUAGACCUCACCGGGUUUUCUGGCGAGGUCUACAAAAGUCUCGACGACGAACGUGAGCAGGCAGAGCAGCUCAAGAAGGCGAAGGAGGAAGCGGCGCGCCAGAUCACGGAAAAUGCGGAAAUUAUCACGCGGAUGACGAAAGAGAAGGAGCAUUACGUCGAUCAUGAUGAAGGUUUCGAUGUGUGAGUGACUCCGUAUUGUAUAGCCAAGUCUGUAUGUGUUUAUGAUAGUUAUGUAGGCUGAAUGGCUCGAGAACGAUAUGUUUCAAGAUAGCCAGUAAAUUUUAGUGAACAGUCAAGAAGGAACCUAUAAUACAGUUCGUUGCGACGACCAUCAUCAGCGACAUCGUCUCUCACUUUAUUAGAGUAUUUACGGCCAUUUCCGUUCAAGUCGGCUCUCGGUCUAGAACUACACUGAGUGUUUCUUUUGCAUUGCUCUCUCUGUCUCUGGACAAAGAACAAGACAGACGGAGACUAGAUUCUGUUGGGAGUUUCUCACUUCGUGUUCUCUUCACUCUAAGGGGUGCUUGCUCUUGCCGCUCAGGAGGCAAAAAAGGCGCAGACUGACGCAGAAAGCAGAGCGCAGGAGGAUGCGCAAAUGCAGGCGAGAAGCCGGGAGCGUCGCCAGAGGGCCAAGGAACGGAAUGACAGGGAGGCGGAGUUGCGGAGAGUCGAGGCGGAGGUGGAAGAUGCGAGGGAGGAGCAGAGGGCUUUGGAAAAGGAACUGGCUUUAAGGUUAAAUAUGUAUGAUAUUUUUACGAGUCAUCUCUCGCAGUUUCCUUUUUAGGAUUCUGGAGAAAUGAGGGGAAAAGCGAAAUGUUUUGGGCUCUAAUCAAGGAGAAGGACGCCAAAAUCAAACAGCUCGAAGCUGCUGCUGCUGCUGCCACUGCCGGAAAAUCGAAAUACAGUGAAGACGGCGGAUGGGUGCAACUAGAGGAGCAGCAUGUCGGGAAGAAGUUCUCAAGCUUAGCUGUCGCUCCUGUUUUUUCUUGGCACAAAAAUGUUAUGCCGCUGCUAUUACUGCUCAUCCUCCUACUAGUCCUAUUUCCAUUACUACCACAACUACUUCUAUUUCUUUGCACUCCUAGUACUCCUCGGCAACUCACUACGAGCGUGAAGCCUAGAGUAGUGUGUUGCCGACACCUCUCAUUGAUUUCGAUUUACUUCGCUCUUGUAACAGAAUAGUCAAACUAUACAAUUCAUUCUUACAUUUUGAUUUUAUUUCGUUGCUUUCACAUACUCGCCUCCACAAGCUUCGCCCGGCUCCAAGUUUCGCACCUCUUCGCCCACGGGCUACAGCUAGAGACAGCCCGCGGGCUGGGUAGUGCACCUCGAUGAAUUGCCUACGGCGGGCACUCGCAAACUUAGCUGCGUCGACCCAUGGGAAGACGGGCGGGCUGCUUUCGGUUUUUAUUGGACUAGCUACUGAGGGGCCCACGCAAGUUCUUCAGAGUUUGCAAGACCUUCACGGCAGUCCAACAAAAAAGCCGGAAGAGAACCACCAGAAACGCAGAAGGACCCGCAGGGCCCAACGCUUAUAGCCGGCCCGCGGUGGCAGCCAAGAGCGAGGGCAGGGGGACCUUGCCGGGCCAAGAAAGCGCAGCGCAUGGCCGCGCCUGCUGGGUCUCUCUGGGUGCAACUGUUGAGCCUCUCCCCUUCGUCUUUCGUCGGUCAGAGAGGCGCCGCCUGCUGGAGGGAUGUCAGCCUUUCGGAAGACCGACGUCAUUCGUCAGGCUCACGCACGCUCUUCGUCAGACUGUCUACCUUUCUUCUAUCGUCAGGCCGACGUCUUUCGUCUGCCAGGCUAGUGGCGUUUCGUGUCGUGGGUCGUUAAAUGUCUUUCGGCAGACUUCUAUCCCCAACCUGCGUCCCUACCCCCGUCGGGAGUUUUUCCGGCUUCUUUUCUGAAAGUAUGCCCGGGGGCCUUAUAGCAAUUUGUCGCAAGAAAACGGCCUGAGAGUAUGUAUUGGGGCUGGGGCUGCAGGGGAAGGGACCGGAGGCUGCAGGCAAGGACCUCGAGAUUACAGAUUGAGGAGAAGAAGGUAGAGACUACAAUCGGUAAGGAUCUCGACGUCGAGAGUAUACCUAAACCAAUAAUAUUUAUAUAUAGGUUAAUAAUUUCUUUUUGUAAUGUUUUAGCACUAUCAACUUAUAGUAAUUAGUUUGGAUAAAGAUCAUUCCUGAACUUUCAUAUAGCAAUUUUUCGCAUUCUUUCGCAAAGUGGGCAUCUCAGGGGACGAUGUCCCGGUUUGGCACCAGGACACCUCAGACACGGUGCCAAAACAGCAAGGUGGAUCUCGUGGCGACAGGUUGUUCCUCUUCGAUGAACUGACCAAGAAGUACGUCACACACAAUAAGCUGCAGGCAACCACCAGGAUUUAACUAGAGCUAGGAAGUCUACUUUUUCCAUCCCAUAUGUAUGGAGUUCUUCUGAUACUGGAGAUCGGCCGUUUUUUACAAUCGCUGACAGUCUUAGAUAGUCUUGCCGACAGGAGUCCAGUAUAAGUCAAUACUAGAGUGAGACGCGAUGACGAUGUUGUAGAAAAGCAAAAGGGCUGUUGAGGCCUGGGCUCUCUAGCUGGAAUCACAUACAGUACUAGAGGUGGGAUACUUGUGUAGCGCUACUAGAUAAAAAAAUCGCCGAAGAGCAACUCUAUUUUAAUAGGAUAUGGGGAUAUGAAAGAAUUAGAGGAGGACUACUCGGGAUGGCAAUCAAUCAAGAUGAAAGCGCCUAGAAGUGAUUGAUCGCUGCUAAGAGAACUAAUUUAGAAGUGAGUUAUGGCGAGAAGGCGACGUUAUCAACGUAACAAAUAUUAGUAUUUAUAGGGUUAGCGAUUUUUUCUGAAAUCCUUAAAGGACUCCUUUAAGUGCCUCCCUUAAGGAAGCUGCUUCCUUAAAGCGUUUCUUUUUACAAAAAUGUGCUACGACCUUCCUUAAGAGGAAAGAUUUUCUUUAAGGAAGGUCCUUAAGGAAGAGCUGCUACGGCCUUUGGCUAAUAGUAGAACCUCCCUUACGGGAUUUUCAAGGACUCGCAAGGGAGUAAAGUCCUCCCGCGUGUUCUGCCUGACAGUCCAGAGAUUUUCCGGAGUUUUUUGCCAGUGGUGUACUUUGUGGUCGCCCAAAUUGCCAGCCCCCACCGUGAUCCCGCCAACACACUACGCGCCCACCCCUAGCGGAUCGCCCCUACCCUUAUCGCCUGGCGCUUUUUUUUUGAAAAACUUCAGGGAGGUCACACCAUUCAAAUACAGGAGAAUCUGAGCGACACCCCUGAAGUUUUUGGGAAAACGUUAGCUUUUUUCUCCCCGCGACUACCUUCCGCGCACACCAAUCGACCACAGGAGCGCGCGGGCGUGUCCGAGCUUGGCCUUCUCAUGGACAUGAUGGCGCCCAAGAGGCUCCGCCCCUCAGAUAUGGAGGGGCCCAGACCUACUCUCCCCACAGGCAUCGACGUCCCCCGGGUCUUCUCCGUAGAUUCCUCAUAGACAUGGCCACACUUCGCGAACCGUCACAUGCUGCCGACUCAAAUGCGGGCUUUCUGCUAAAAGCUGGCCCUCCCUCUCGAUCUCCGCAUCCAGCAGCCUCUGCGGCAGGUCUUUCGUGGGAACCCGCAAAAUCUCAAACACGGUGUCCACCGUUUUGUUGUGGAAGAUCAGCCUCGGCAAGACCUGGAACACCUCGGACACGGUCCCCAUGCACCCUGAUUGGCGUCGUCAUGUCCAUAAGAAGGCCAGAGCCACACAUCUCCGCGCUUGAAGGUUGAAGGCGUUGGGGGGGUCGAUGCUUGGGAGGGUGGUAGCCCUGAGCCUUUGCGUGUCUGCGUCUGAAGGGUGGACCCUGGUGAGCGUCGUCACGUCCAUGAGAGGGCCAAGCGUAUGCAUCUCUGGGCUUGAAAGUUGAAUGUGUUGACUGAGGACGUCGAUGUCUGUGAGAAUGAUAGCCGUGAGCCCUUGCGUAUUUAUCUCAAGGGUGGACCCUGGCGAGCAUCAUCACGCCCAUGAGAAGGCCAAGCGUAUGCGCCUCCGUGAGUGAAGGCCGAAGGCGUUGAGGAUGUCGAUGCUUGUGAGGAGGAUAGUUUCGAGCCCUUGCACGUCUGAAGGGUGGGCCGGCCUUGGCUGGAGAGCGUCAUCAUGUCCAUGAGAUGAAGGCCACGCCUAUGCAUCUCCGUAAAUGAAAGCCGAAAGCGUCGAAGAUGUCGACGCCUGUGAGAAUGAUAGCUGUGAGCACUUGCGUGUCUGGAGGGUGGACCUUGGUGAGCGUCAUCAUGUCCAUGAGGGGGCCAGGCUGAUGCGUCUCCGUGUUUGAAGGUUGGCGCCCAACUUCUGCGCAUCGAUUGAUAUGAACAAGCGCGGCCUUCUCAUGGGCCCCAUGAUGGACGCCAGUGUCGAACUUUUGCCAUGGAGGAUAUGCUCUGCCCUAGAAUUCCCCUGGACAUGAUCACACUCAAAAGGGCCCAACUUUUGUGCGUGCAUAUGUCCAGGCGUGGCCUUCUCAUGGGCUUCAUGAUGCUCAACGGGCCAGCCUUGGCGCCCAUUGGCUCCCUAGUAAGCAAGUUGGCCAAGGCAGUAGCCUCCUCACUAGCCUCGCCACAGUGGGGGCCAGCUUCCCAGCCUUUCUAGCCUUGGCCGCGAGCAGACUUGGCGACUUUUUUCGUUUGUCUUUCUAUAUCUUAGUGAUCAUUCUGCCUGGUUCGUCUUCGUUGUUAACCUAUGCCCAGCGCAGCGGGCCCUUGAUUUAUAUAUUCUCAAAGAAAGUAUCCACGCACUAGAGCUAGACAGAGAUAUUUUGAAGGCUCACUUGCAAUGAAUGUGAUGUAGACGUUACAUAUAUGAUUUACUACUUACAACGAACGACAUUAGUGUGGACGUUACCUCCUAUGUGAUUUUCUGCUCCUCAAUACGAUCGAGAGCGCCAUUUUAUCAGCUGCAUGAAGCAAAUUUAUUAUUGACAAUGAUCUUGUUGACAAUGAUGUGGCGAGCUAUCUUCCACAGAACAGACAGCUUCACGAAGUGUAUGAUGUUCUCCUCCUUACUAGGACAUUUCUUACUUAUUGUGCAGUGCAUCAUGACCAUGAGUCCACCGAGAGGGACUGGUGUAAGGAUUUAUGAUUAGUUAGAUACCUCCUCACGCUCAGCAAUUGAGGUGCUAAACAUGCAGAGGUAGAGUCAAGCACUACGAGACAGACUCGGUUAAUCAUCGCUGGAAAAUUAACGACUGUUGGGAGAAAUCGGAUGAACUCGGAUUGCACAGGAACACAUCGCGUUCAACAUACUUAGAAAAAAUAUUUAUAUUUUUUUUUCGUAUCAUGGCAUGUGCAUGCACAUUUUUCAAACGUACACCGCGAAAGAUAUACCAGAGCCUGCUAGUUGUAAUUAUGAGGUGAGGCCCUUUUCCCGUAACUGCACAGAAGAUAUAGAGACGGCACAGGCUCAACCUGUGGAAGGUGAGUCUGGACCUAUUCUGUCGU